AAGUGUAAAAGCAGCAGCUCCUGUCUGACUGAACUUUCUGUCUAUCUGUCUGCCCAAACAGUUUGAGCUGUCUAUCUGAGCUGUCUCUCUGUGCUGUGAUGACGCUGAUAUGAUCUGAACCUCAGUAAGGUGGUGGUGUUGGUGGUAGUGGUCGGCUAAUUGCUCCGUAAUAUUAGCGUAGUUUUGAACCGAAAACUCUAAAUUAACACUAUGUAAGAAAGAGACUGUGGACUGACAGGGACUCGGACACUCACCCGACUCGGAGAAAGCGUGUUUAGCAUGAGCCAGGACCAGCUCCUCUCCUCCCUAAAGAAGGAUGUUCGCUCUCUGCUCAUUUCAUCCAAGCAUGGCCUCGCUCCAGAGCAGCUCAGGAGGGACUACCAGACCAUGCUGGGACACCCAAUGCCCCUCAGGCUCCUGGGGUUCCGCAACGUGCUGGACAUGGCUAAUGAAAUGCCUGAUGUUGUGCACUUGGCCUAUGCCCUCGAUGGAAGCAUAGUCUUAAAAGCAAUCGGAGAUGAGACCACAAAGGGCAUUGAAGAUCUGGUCUCCAAACAACGAAACCACAAACCUAAACCCUCUAUUAAAAAAGGGUUUCUGGGCACGUUUCCUUCCCGUCGUCCACAGUACCAUCACCCGUUCGUCCUCCCUCGCAGGGGCCACCCGCCUCCUGCCCUUCCUGCCCAGUUGCGAAGCCAGCUGCGGCAGGUGCUGUCCCACGGCGCGGUGAGACUGUCUGAGCUGGAAGCUCGUUACAUGGCCUGCUUUGGCAAGCCUCUCAAGGUGACGCAGUACGGCUUCUUCUCCAUCUCAGAGAUGCUCGCUGCUGCCUCAGACCUGCUUGUGGUGAGGCAGACUCGCAUGGGGUCACUGCUGAUGUUGCGGGCCAUGCGUCCUGCCGUGCCUACUUCUUCGGCUAUGUACUCAAAACAGCCUGCAAGGAUCUCCAGCCCCCCAAUCAAACCAGUUCUGAGAGAAAAGGCAGUCCUGAGCAAUGUAGAGAUUGAAGUACAGAGCCCCAAGGAAUUUGCAGCUACCAGUGCACAAAACACCAGGCCUCCAUCCCCAGUUCCCCAACCUGUAGAGGAAAAACAGUCCUUUGAAAAGUCUGUUGCGAAGCUUGAGGAGCAGUUCAAGCAGAGGAUUCUUGAAAAUGUGGAUGCAGGAACUGUCAGCCAGGAGCUGAGAGAUAAGCUUCGACAGGUUGUUGCUGGUCACAGCCAAGGAAUCGCCAUUUACAGCCUUCCUAUAGAGUACAAGAAAAUGUAUGGCGAGGACUUGCCUGUGGCCCAGUUGGGCUUCCAGAGUGUGACUGAAUUGGUUGGAGCACUAAGUGACAUUUUCUAUGUGAAACCAUGCCCUGAAGAGGGAGCAAAGCACCUUCUCAUUGUGGAGCUUAACGACAGUGAUGCACAGCAAGAUUUGUCACAAAGUGAAGACUGUCUUUCCUCACUGAGUCCUUCCACUGAGAGCUGCUAUUUCAGCUGCGGAAAGUCAGCAUGGGAGCCAGAAGAAGGGGAAGAGACUUCAGAUUCUUCAGCAUCUGAUACUGAGAUAAUAGUCACCAACAAGACUAUCCAUCAGAUGGUGGACAUUUUUCCAGUGAUGAAUGUGAGCAGUGGGUCGGGGGUUCCACUGGAUGCACUGCAGUGCCAGAAGCUGAAGCCUCCCACCUGCAGAAAGGAAAGAGAGCUAGUACCUGCCCUAGUGGAGAGGAUGGAGUCUCCGAGCCUCUUCUAUGUCCGAUUUGAUGAGAGCCAAGAGGCCAGAAAUCUGGAGAACAUGAUGAUUGAGAUGAGGAGCUGUUACACCUGCCCAGAGGUUACUGAGCGGUACCGCCUCCCAGAUGCAUAUGUACGACCCGGCCAGGUGUGCUGUGUGGCCCCCAGGGACAUGUGGUUCUACCGCGUGGUCAUCCACCAGGUUCUUAAUGCCACCGAGGUGCAGGUGUACUACGUGGACUUUGGGGACCUCAGUGUCGUCAAGAGGAACAGACUCUGUUUCCUAAAGUCAUGCUAUGCUGACCUUCCAGCACAAGCUGUUCCAUCUGUACUUGCUGGAAUCAAGCCAGUAAAGGGCAUCUGGACAAAGGAGGCCACCAAUGCUUUCCAGAAGCUGUGUUGUGAGCGCACCCUAGUGGCUGCAGUCCACAGCUACCAGAAGAACUUCCUGCUUCUUUUUCUGUGCGACACACACACUGAGGAGGACCUCUAUAUUCACAGUUUACUUCUGGCUGAGGGCCACGGCAUGGCCUGCUCUCCUGCCAGCACACCGAUAUUAAAGCAGUUCAACCCCAUAACCCUUUACCUUGGAAAUGAUAAGCUGGAGGAAAUAGAACAUUACAGGAACCCCCUGGAUCUCGCGAACGGCCUCAGCCAAAAUGAUCGGCCUCAGCAAGAUCCCUCCAUGUUUUUGACAGAUGGUGUUAAGAAACAUCUGCCUUGCAAAGAAAACGAGGAUCAUCUUGAUCUUCCUGAGCUUGAAUUCAUCUGUGUAGCUCAGGUUGAAAAGGCUAAUCCAUUUGGGGAACUGCUGAAUAAAGAAUCAUCCAACUUUAAUAACUGGGACCCAGAGUGGACUGAUAGAAACAGUGCAGAGGACGAGCCCAAACCUGUUCAGAACUGGCAGGAGAAAAGUGGCGCAGCUGUGUCGCUGUCAUCUGCACCUUCUGUGAAGCUGACAUCAGGAGCUCAAUUCCGUGCAUAUGUACAGGACUGUAAACAAGCCCAGUCUGCCUCCACCCUGCGGACUCUCAGCCUCCACACUCCAGGCCUGAUGGGCAGCUGCAGCAGACAGCAGACAGACAUGUCUGUUGAAUCAUUCCACUUCCCGCCAACCUCCAGCCUGGCAUUUCCAGUGUUCAAGACUGGACACAGUCUGGGUCCUGAAGCACUCUUUCGUCGGCAUGCCAGCCCACUAGCUCUGGGCCCAGCCGCUCGCCUGGCUGCGGGGUCUAGCCUCCUCCACUGGUACCCUCACAAAAGGGCCUGAACAAAGGGACCCACUUUCUCCACUAACAUCCAGAUGACUGCAGGUUACGAGUUCAGAACCUGGACGAAGAAUCUGGACGCAGUGUUUCAGUGUUUUGCAUUAUGUUGAAUAUAGUUUUAUCUGUUUUAUGUUAUAAACAUUUAAAAGCCCUCCCAGGUGUGAUGAUGUGAGCAAUUUAUGUAACAAUAUCUAGAGAGACAGAAUAUUAUUAGGGCGAAUUAAUAAUUUUUACGUAAUGAUGAACCUCAAAAUACAUUUCUCUUUAUGUUACUCAUUUCUAUGUUUCUUCCGGACUUCAGUAAAGUUGCUUGUUCUGA